AUGUUGAAGACAACGAUUUCUCCAAUUUUCUCAUCGUUUACAGGUAAACCCAAGGCUUCGAGGUUGAUUUUUAAAGCUUUUAAUGUCGUUCUUGAGGAUACUCCACCAAGUGUUCGACGAAAUGCGUCAACCAAUCUGACUACGUUACACCAAGGUACUCCAACUUCGGCCUACGUUCAUCUUCCGUUUUGUCGUAAACGCUGCCAUUAUUGCGACUUCCCCAUCUUGGCUCUAGGGUCGUCCUCUUCUUCAUCGACCCCGUCCAAUGUCUACAUGGAAGGAAAAGCAGAUGACCCACGAAUCACAAACUAUGUGAAUUUACUCGUUAGAGAGAUAAAAGCGACAAGAACGGGUUUUGAUACGAACCCGAAGCUCGAGACGGUGUUUUUCGGGGGAGGAACGCCUUCUCUUGUUCCACCGAAGCUUGUUUCUUUGAUUCUGGAAACAUUGAAUUUGAAUUUUGGGUUGAGUACUGAUGCUGAGAUAUCAAUGGAGAUGGAUCCAGGCACAUUUGGUGCUCAGAAACUCAAGGAAUUGAUGGAAUUGGGAGUGAACAGAGUUUCUUUGGGAGUUCAAGCAUUUCAAGAUGAGCUCUUGAAAGCUUGUGGAAGAGCUCAUGGUGUCUCUGAAGUAUAUGAGGCAAUAGAGUUUGUUAAAGAAUGUGGAGUUGAGAAUUGGAGUAUGGAUCUUAUCUCUUCUUUGCCUCACCAGACACUGGAGAUGUGGGAAGAGAGUUUGAGAUUAGCUAUCGAAUCGCAGCCGAAUCAUGUCUCUGUAUAUGAUCUGCAAGUGGAACAAGGCACAAAGUUUGGAAACGUGUACACUCCAGGCCAAUUUCCUCUCCCUUCAGAAACACAAUCUGCAGAGUUUUAUAAAACAGCAUCAUCGAUGCUCCGUGCUGCAGGUUAUGAGCAUUACGAAGUCAGCAGUUACUCGAAAGACGGGUUCAAGUGUAAACACAACUUGAUAUACUGGAAGAAUAAGCCGUUCUAUGCUUUUGGUUUAGGUUCAGCGAGUUAUGUUGGAGGGUUGAGGUUUUCAAGGCCAAGGAAGCUUAAGGAAUACACAAACUACGUCGCUGACUUGGAGAAUGGUGCAGUGAACUGGUGUGGAAACGGUAAUGUUGAUCUCAAGGAUGUCGCGACAGACAUCAUAAUGCUAUCUUUCAGAACAUCUAAAGGGCUUGAACUUAAGGAGUUUGGAGAAGCUUUUGGCAGAGAUGUAGUGAACUCGAUCUGUAAAGUGUAUGAGCGUUAUGUGGAAAGUGGGCACAUUGUUUGUUUGGAUGAUAUUAGAAGAGAAGUAAUGAGCGAUGAAUUCAAAACCUUAAUUGCAAAUGAUGAAGUGAAGAUCGAGAAUCAUGUGAGGUACCUUAGGCUGAAAGAUCCAGAUGGUUUCCUCCUCUCUAACGAGUUGAUAUCUCUAGCGUUUGGUGUCUUAUCUCCUUAA